AACUGCUGACAUGCUGACAAUCGUUAUGCGCGUAUAAACAUUCAAAGAGCCGUGAUUGAUUUGCAGGUUUUUAUUCAUAUGUCGGUUCAACAGAAACGAACCGCGUCCUAUAUUUUGAGAGAGCAUUAUGGAGAAAUCGUAGAGAAGGUCGGGACGUUUUGUAUCGCUAAAGGACCUCGUCCACUGAAGGAUAUAAUUCGGGACACUAAACUACCUCGGGACCAAGUACAGAAGGCGUUGUGCUGCCUCAUUCAACAUCAUUUUGUCACAUUUGAAGUGAACAAGCGAAACGUUACGUUGUACAGUGCGUUGAUUUCUAAUAUCCUUUUUCGUCUCCGUGCUCCGCGGUACAUUUAUUGUGUGAAAUCUAUAUUUGGGUACACUGGCGAGUUGAUUAUUGAUGAAAUUUUCCAGCAUGGUUCUGCUAUCAUGAGCACAGUUGUGGACAAAGUCGCGAGACAUUUAGAAGAGGAUAAUCUUGAUUCAGAUGAGGAUGAGAUUCAAGUUUGCUUUGCUAAUCUAGUGAAGAACCAUUUUCUUCAAAGAUUGAAGCCAACGAGAAAUGAAGAACAGAGCAUGGGCAACAGUAGUUAUAAUGACGAUGACCUCUAUGCUCUGCCACCUGGAAUGAACUUGCAAGGUCAUGGCUCAAAACGGAAAAGAAGUAUUGCUGAUGAGGGUCAAACAACAAAGAGACAAAAAACAGGGGCAAGCUACACUGCCAGUGCCAAAGGCUCUGAAUUAAGUGAUGAUGGAAUUUUAUGGCAAGUGAACUUUGCAAGGUUUCACCAGCAUUUCAUUGAUGAGAAUAUUGUCACAGUUGUAACCAAGAAAGUUGAUAAAUUUGCAGGGGAGAUUGUCAAGACUAUGUUGAAAUUGAGUGAGCUGGCAAGGGAUCCCUUAUCACCAACAUUGCAAACAGUUUCUCUGCAUGAGAUCUCACAGAAUUUGUCUGUAACUCCCAAGAUGGAGAAGGCACAGAUUGUGCAGUAUCUUUCACUAUUGACUGAUGAGAAGGACAAUUUGGUUUCCAAAACAGGAGAGAGUGGAGGAGGAAUGUAUUGUAUAAAUAUGCAAAAGUGUGUGGAUACCUUGUGCCAAAAUGUGAUUGAAUCCAUUGUUCAAGAAAGGUUUGGUUCAAGAUGCUUUAGAAUCUUCAGGUUGUUACUUCUUAAGAAACACAUGGAACAGAAACAGAUUGGUGAGUUGGCCAUGAUUCCAUCUAAAGAUGUCAAGGAGCUGCUGUACAAACUAUUUGCAGAGAGGUUUAUUGCACUACAGGAAAUCCCUCGGGCCUCUGACUAUGCCCCAUCAAGAACAGUUUACUUGUUUUCUGUGAAUCUUCCACAAGUUAGUAGAAUGCUGCUCGAAAAGUCUUAUCAGGCACUUGGGAACCUGAUGAGCAGAAGAGAAACUGAACUACAUGAGCACAGACGUUUAAUUGAAAAGAAAGAGAGAGUGGAGGCAACAAUAAACACACUGAAGGCUCAGCAUGGCGAGGAGACAUCGGAAGAGGCUAUAGCUGAGCUUCAGGAGCUUAUUAUUCCAGCAGAACAAGAGCAGCUCAAGAAACUGAAACUUACUCUUGCCAAGUUGGAUCAGAGUGAGUUGCAAGUAGAUGAAACCAUUUUUAUUCUAUCACAGUACAUUUCCUCACAUUAGAAUGGAACAUAAAAAUGGAAAUGUAGCUGGGGAACACUUCUGUGUCUGCUAAUUGUUGCCGUCUUUUGACAUGGUGAAAGGAAGUUCCUGAUUGGCCAGUACUGAUCUAUUCUUUUCUCAAACCUUUUUUCUCUGAGUUUAUUGUCCAGUGGUCUGAGUGAUAUAUGAGCCAUGGGGAUAUGAUGAAUAUAAACCAAAUGAGGAUAUGAGGAAAAUAAUAAUAAUCAUUGGAGAGAUGGAGAAACCACAUUGAGAAAUCCCCCCCCCCCCCGCAUUUAAAAAUGUACACCACUGCCUAGUAUAUUAAACUUUAAAUAAGAAGAAACAAACAAACAAACAAA